CCUGCCGCCUGUGCCCGCCACUUAUGGAUGCCGGAGGAGAGAAGAGCAAGCGACGCGCGGGACUUGGUGCACAGUCACUUAUGAAUACUGCUCGAAAAUGCUGUCCCCUUCUGACAGAGCGUCCCUCCGGCAGGUCGAUGACCCUCUCCCUCAAACCAGGACUCUUUUUACUGAUGACACUGGCAGUCCCAUGCGCUUCUUCUUGAGACCUGGCACCCUGAAGCGGCGCUUUGCUUCUAUGAUUGAGCAGGGUGGAGGAGUCGUCUGCCGUGUUCAGGAGCCUGGAGUAAUAUCCUUGGUUGACCCAAAAGAAGCAGAGGAAAGUGGCAAUUUAGAAUCGGUUUCAACUCAGUUUAUCCUUGAUUGCAUAAAAAGAAAUGAGAGGCUAAAUUCUGAAAGCUACAAGUUUUCAAAGAGGAGAAAACAAAGUUUAAGUGGAAGCUUGGGAGACACCAGCAGAGAUGCUCCUUCCACAAGUGCGGAACAUUCUUUUGAUAACAGAAAGUCCAGCUUAUCUGGACGGGUUUCAUAUAGCAAAGAGGAGGACGUGGCUAUCUUGGAAUAUCUAAAGAAACAUGAUGCCAGGGAUUAUCUGGUUAAAGGAAAUAAAAUCUGGCAAAGGAUGGAGAAGGAAGCGGUUACCAGCCACACUUGGCAGUCAAUGAAAGAUCAUUAUCGGAAGUAUCUGGCCAGGCAAAAGUCUUCUGACAAGAAUGAGUACAUUGCAGCUUCUAACAAGCAAGCACUGAUAUUCUCCACACCGAAACAGCGAGAACCCAGCAAACAGUCCUUCCUUUGCCCCUCUGCAGUAGUACCUGUGCAGAAACAACCACUAUGUGCACCAGGUGUGAUGGCGCAUGACAUGCAAAGCAAGGAAGCCCUGAAAAAAUCAAAAGAAGACACAAAUUGCAAAGAACUGCUAAAAACUGGAGGACAGAGCUUAGAAAGCAGAGACAAUGAAACUACAAAGAAGAAGUCAGGGAUUCUUCUGAAUUCUGUCUCCGAGUUAGAGAUUAGUAAUUUGCCGUCUGAUGAUGAAACUCCAGAACUUGAAGUGAGCAAUGAAUGUCCAGGUAUAAGUAAUGGCCCUGCCAAUCAAAUCCACAGAAACUCAAACCAGAGUGAGGUUUGUGAAACCAGAAAUAAUGAAAUAAGUAAAGGAUCCAAAUCAGAAGGUGCAAAAAACCCCACCAGUGGACUUUCUGACUUUGUGAUGAAUGAUGACUCGCAUGUUCACGUUUCACAAACACAGGAAGAUAUGCUACCCAGUUCAUACAGUCCUUCCCAGGCAGAAAUAGACAGUGCUGUGAAAGCUGUGCAGCUUCUGCAGGAAGAAUUCUCCCAGGACCUUACUAAUAUCAUGCAGGCACUGUUGAAGAACAGUGGUGAUGUCGCUGCUGCCAAGCACUACUUACGCACAGGCUGUAGACCAGAUCACAGACCUCUUUGGACAAGACAAGAUGACCUCUCUCUGUUGUCGGGAGAUCUUUCACAAGUAAAACGUCUGUCAGAGAAGUAUGGAGAUGAGAAUGUAGCGAAGAGAGUGACAUUUUUAAAAACGUAGACAUCUGUGUUGUACUAUUUUUAAUACAUCUUUCAUCCUCAUAUAUUGUUAAAUAUCAUGUUGAAUUAUCAUAAAAAGAAAGGACUUAAUCUGAAGCCAGAUUUGAUAAUCCAGAAAUAAUCAAGUAGCAGUGGUUAUACUGAAACUGUUAUUUUUAACAUGUGCAUAUGCACACAACUUUUUUUUUUUUAAUCCAUCAAGAAUUUACUAAAAUUAUGUAGUAUUAUUAUGGUAUUGUGUCUGGCUAGAAAUCUCCUUGAUAUUAAUUUUGUAAUUAAAGAAUUAAUGUGUACUGGAAGACUUCAACUCUGUCCGCACUAAAUGUCACAUACUUUGGAUAAAAGGUUUAUUCCCUACAGUCUGAAAUAAAGUGAUGUUUGGCUUCCAACAUAUUAAUUAUGAUGAUUGAGAA